AAUUAAAAUUACCUGACAGAUCGCUAAAACAGCUACCCGAUUGACUCGUGAUGGCCUAUCCUCUGCGUAACUAACAUUUGGCAUUGCUGCACCACUGCAAUAAACAAGUAUGGCGACUUCAGUGUUACGCGUUGGAAACCGGCUAAUUCAACAUGGAAUUGUCAGAAGAUAUUCGCAAGAAAGUCGCCGGCCAACGUUUAUUUCCAGGGUUAUCGAUAAUGUUCGCCAGGAGAUGUCCAAAAAUAAAGAGAUGAAGGAAAAUCUCAAGAAAUUCCGCGAAGAAGCUCAAAAACUUGAAAACACUGAUGCUCUCAAGAAAGCCAGAGAGAAAUUUCAAGCUGUGGAGUCUGAAGCCACUAAAGGCAGUGAUGUUUUGAAAGGCAAAGUGAGUGUCUUGAAAGAGAAAGUACAAGAAGUUCUGUCUGAAGCUCAAAACACAGAAUUUGUAAAAAAAGCCGGACAAAUCACAGAAGGUCUGGGAAAAACAGCAAAAGAUGCCACUGAUACCAUAGUGGAAACUGGUCAAAAAAUUAGCAAGACAGCCCCAUUUAAGACGAUCACACAAACUGCUGAUGCUGUUCGUAAAGAAAUUGAUUUAUCUGGAGCAAGAAUAUAUAGGAGGCCGGAGGUUUUGAGGAAACGGAAACAAACUUCAUCUGAAGGAGACUCAAAUGUGAAACCUAUAGAAAUUAAUACUGAAGCAACUGGUAUUGAAUUGCAUAAAGAUUCAAAAUUUUACCAGAGUUGGCAAAAUUUCAAGGACAAGAAUCCCUAUGUUAAUAAAGUUCUUGAUUGGAAGAACAAGUAUGAAGAAAGUGAUAAUGCAGUCAUUCGCGCGUCUCGUUUGCUUACAGAAAAAGUUGUCGAUAUAAUGGGAGGCCUAUUUCAAAAAACGGAUAUGAGUGAAGCCCUUACAGAAAUAUGUAAAAUGGAUCCCGAAUUCAGCAAAGAAGACUUUUUGAAAAAGUGUGAAUUUGACAUCAUUCCUAAUGUGCUUGAAGCCAUGGCAAGAGGGGAUCUUGACAUUUUGAAAGACUGGUGUCAUGAAGGGCCUUAUAAUAUUCUUUCAACACCCAUCAAACACGCACUUUCUCUGGGUUAUUUCAUCGAUUGUCGCGUCUUGGACGUCGAUAAUGUUGAUUUAGCCAUGGGUAAGGUCAUGGAGCAAGGCCCCAUAUUAGUUAUAACCUUCACUGCCCAACAAAUUAUGUGUGUCAGGGAUAAAGCUAAUAACAUCGUUGAGGGCGAUCCCGAGAAAGUGAUGCGAGUCAACCACGUUUGGGUUUUGUGUAGAGACCAAGCUGAGCUCGAUACAAAUGCAGCAUGGCGUCUGAUGGAUUUAUCAGCGAAUAGCAGUGAGCAGUUUAUUUAAAAUGUACUAGGUUCAAUUCAGAAAUAGACUUGCUAUUAAAUGAAGUAAGAAAUGGCAAUUUUUCAAAGACAUGUAGCUCUUACCUGAUUUUGCGUCUCACAUUUCCUCGAUGUGAAAUAGCUGUUAUCCCUAUAUUGAUGUCGAAUUUACACCAAAUAUGAGGCUUAUGCCGACUAUAGCUUUAUCAAAUGUACAGUGACAUAACAAAAGAUAAACGUCUAUAGCACGCUAAGCUUCUUAAUUGCUGUAGUUAUUCAUCAGCAGUUGUUCCGCGUUCCCAUGAGAACUCUUGUCAAAAGAAAAAUUGUAUCUCAUCCUUCGCCAUUUGUUAUACAGCAUUGUGAUUCAUUGUUUUUUACACGAAA